UUGUUAGUAAUUAUAGAAUGUAUAAAGUUUGAUUAUUGUCUUAAAUAAUCGUUUUAAAAGACAAUGGACUUAAGUCCAAGUUAUCAAAUAAAAUAUUCCUCGUUUUGGCAAUCUAUUAAUAUAUUAAUAACAAAACCUCAUGUAGUUAGUAAAAGGUUAUGGGGUUGCACAAUAUUAAGUAGAUAUUUUGUAAGAAAUCAUUAUGAUUGUUGGGAAAAUAUAUUAAAAGCUUCUAGAUUUACAUCAGAAAAUAAAAACCAGUACUUGGGUAUUAUCUUAGAAAAAGCAGGAAUUGAAGUAAUUGAAGAAUGUGAGACUGAAUAUGAAAUUAUAUUGGUACAACUUUUUCCGAAGAGCUAUAUGGAAUCAAAUGCAUUUCAAAUUAUAUAUAAAAAUAAAUCAGAAGCACGAGUAACAUUUAUUGAUGUGACCCCUGAAGAGAACGAGCAAAACCUGUGUCCAACAUUUUCAUAUAGCUUAUCUUUACGAGAUGGCCGGGUUGUACUAGAAUCUCUUGACACAUUGUCAAAGUCUUAUGAGUGGUUGAUAAAUACUGUGCUACCUCAAGUUAUCAAAUGGUGUGAUGAAAUUUCUACUAAACAAACCCAAAUAUGUAAUGGAUCUUUAACAUUGGUAUCAAAUGAAAAGUAUUAUAUAAAAUAUAAUGACCUUAAACAAAGAUAUGGCAAAGAAAUGGUCAAAAUUUGGCCAGAAUGUACAGACCCAACAAAGUUUGUAUAUGAAGAUGUAGCUAUUGCUACAUAUUUGCUGCUGUUGUGGCAGUAUGACAGAAAACCACAAACAUUCGUAGAUAUUGGAUGCGGCAAUGGCUUGCUCGUUUUUAUUCUGACAAUGGAAGGCCAUACUGGAUAUGGAGUUGAUGUUAGGAAAAGAAAAAUAUGGGAUUUGUAUCCUGAUAACAUUAAGUUAAAAGAAUCAACAGUAACUCCUUUAAAUAUGCAUAUUUUUUCUAAUGUUGAUUGGAUAAUAGGAAAUCACUCAGAUGAAUUAACUCCAUGGAUACCUGUCAUUGCCGCACAAAGUUGUUACAAAUGUAAUUUUUUCCUUCUACCAUGUUGUACAUAUAAUUUUGAUGGCACAAAGUAUCAAAGACAAAAUUCAUCAAAAAGCCAGUAUACUGAAUACCUUGAAUAUGUUAAAGAGCUGUGUGAAAAUUGUGGUUUUGAAGUAGAAAUAGACAGACUUAAGAUACCAAGCACAAAGAGAAUAUGUUUAAUAGGUAGAACAAGAACUUAUAUUGAGGAUGAACAUGAGAAUUAUAUUUAUAAAAUUAAAAAUAUGAUAAGUGAACAAAUAGGAUUAAGUGAUAAAAAUGAAGUAGAUAUAGAUAACAACACUAAGGAUAUCAAAACUAGAGAUCCUGUUGAGAAAGUGAGGAACUGUACUCAAUUAGAUAAAAAUGUAACUGAGUCUAUAAUAAAAUGUAUUUCAAAGUAUUUGCUUGAAGGAUGUGAGUUGGAGGCCACUUGGUCAAAAGGUAAGAAAGCUCCAUUACAAGAACUUGUUAAUCUUAUACCACAUGAAAAAUUAAGAGCUUUAAAGUCAGAAUGUGGAGGCCUACAAACUCUACUAAGGAACAAUCAUCAUAUCUUUGAUGUACAAAAUGGCUGUGUAAGUCUAAGGUAUCCUAGAACAAUGAAUGAAGUAAAGAGUCAUACUAAGAGAAAGAAAAAUGUUGAUAAUUUAAAAAUGCAAGUUAGAACGUGUUGGUUUUAUAACAAUCACCCACAAGGGUGUCCUUUAAACAGUGAGGUUUGUAGUUUUCUACAUGCAAAAAUAGUAUAAUAUACCUAAAAUAUAAUGUACCUAACAUUAUAUUUUAGAUAGCUAAAACAUUUUUUUUAAAUUGUAAUUAUAUAAAA